GUAGUUUUUUAUGGUCUUAGUUUGUUGAAGUUCUUGAACUUUCUUAUGACAGAUACCUCAAUAGUCUGGAUCCUUCUUUGAAAUGGGGUGGAUGGACUGAGGAGGAGGAUUUAAGACUAGAAGCUGCAAUUGCCAAGCAUGGAUAUUGUUGGUCUAAGAUUGCUGAAGAAGUGCCUCCCCGUACUGAUUCACAGUGCCGAAAGAGAUGGAAGGUGUUAUGUCCUGAACAAGUUCCUUUGCUUCAAGAAGCAAGAAAGAAGCAAAGGUCUAUCAUUAGUUGUAACUUCGUUGAUCGAGAAUCUGAACGGCCAACCAUUACACUUGAUGAUUUUAUGCCUUUAAUUGCGUUAGCUCCAAAAUCCGAUAUUGGUGCUUCAAAACUUCCCAAGAAGCGCAAGUCAAGCAAUGUUUCCAAGAAAACAAGCUCUAAGAAACGUGCAAAAAGAACUCGACGUUGUGCCAAAGAAGUACAAGAUACAGAAGUAUACAACGAUGAUGAGUUCUACGCAGAAUCUGCAUGCAGCGAUCUUCCCAAGAAGAACACGAGAUCCAAAAGGCACGCAAAAAGAAGUAAAAUUUGUCCCCAGGAAUUAGUGGAUAUAUCUUGUAGUGACAAGGUCGAGACUUGCAUUGAGGGUUCAGAAAACCAAUCUACCUGUAUUGCGAAUUCGGAAAAUCAAGAUUGGGACAGCAUGACCCUUUCGUCUUUUAUACGCAACAAAUCAAAUGAGAUAUUAUCUAGAUUUACCAAAAAAUUGAGUCAGACUUCCUUCUCCUCUAGGAUUACAGAUGUUCCUGAGCAGGUUGAAAGUCAAAAUCCAUCUCAUGACCAAAGCGGCUCGUCUGAUUCAUGUGAUACUGUUGGAACUAUAAAUUUGUUUGUGCCGCCGAAUAUUGUUUCUGAUGGACGAGUUAGAAACCGAGAGGAUACAAAUGCUUUGACUGGUGAUGAUAACGACGACCAUAUGACCCUUGCAUCCUUUCUAGGAAACAAACCAAAGAAAAAGUGUCAACCUAAAGGACAUCACGUAUGCUCUUCCAAAUUGAAAACAGGAUCUGCAUUACUAAAUGAAGAACAUUGUGCAAGCAAGCCAACCAUCAUAUCUGAUGACAGUGGGUCAAUGUCUUAUCAUGUUGAAGCGAUGGAGACUGUUUUACAUGUUUGUGUUGAUAAACCAAUGGAUACCAUUGUGGAAGAAAAGGAUGAUGAGCUUUUUACUUCCCACGUGCAAAACCGGCCAAGGAGGGAACGAAAACGUCCCAGUAGAUUUUUGUAGGCAGGUAAACUUUAUUGUUUCCCAAUACUAGAUAUGAAUAGAAGACAUUUGACAAAAUGUUGUACCAAAUGAUAUUAGGUAGUGGCUAAUCUAUAUACAAAAGUUGGAGUAAAUGAAAGCCCACUUUAUCAUGAUCAUAAGUAGUGAGUUUCGUUUUUGCUUAGUUUUGGGCCUAUAUACAGAUUUUCCGCCUGGAGCAUUUUUGUAAAUUGAUCUCUUCCCAUUUUGUA